AUGCACCUGAGAGGAAACGGGCUUUUGGAAACCAUCGAUAGUUCAAAAAUGGUGUCGGAUGAGAAAAAGGCUAAAGCCAUGAUAUUUUUACGACACCACAUCCAUGAUGGUUUAAAGGAUGAAUAUAUUACGAAAGAGGAUCCUUGUGACCUCUGGAAAUCUUUAAAAGAGAGGUUCGAUCACCAGAAAUAUGUGAUCUUACCGAAAGCUAAACACGAGUGGAUCCAUCUCCGGUUCCAGGAUUACAAAAGUGUUAGUGAGUUUAAUUCCGCGAUGUUCGGAAUUACUUCGAGGAUGAUGUUAUGUGGAGAGAAAAUAAGUGAUUAUGAUAUGAUCGAGAAAACUCUCUCCACGUUCCAUCCUGAAAAUGUAAUCCUGCAACAACAAUACCGAAAUAAUCAACUCGUGACUUUAAACCAUCAAGCUCGUCCCACUGGAUCUGCUCCAUUCCCUGAAGCGAAUGUUGCAUCAUCCAGUUAUGAUAAUAGGAGAGGACGAGGUCGUGGACGUGGUGGAAACCGUUAUCAUGGUCGUGGAAGAGGACGAGGAAGAAGAUUCCGUCCCUAUGAUGAAAGAAAUAAUAAAGACUUCCACGAAAAUGAAAGGAAUGAAAAGGGCCAGGAUGAUAAAAGGCAAACGGGAACGGUUUGCUACAGAUGCGGCAUGAAAGGUCAUUGGGUACGUACCUGUCGUACACCAAAACAUUUAGCCGAUCUGUAUAGAGAAUCCCAAAAGGGAAAAGAGAAAGGAAGAGGUGAAACUAACUUCAUCUCUGAUGAACCUGGGCCAUCCUUUCAUGGUUUAAACGAUGAUACUCAUCUCGACGUAUCAGACUUUCUGGUUGAACCAGAGAGUAUCGAUGAGUAA